UAUUUCCCACAGUGCCUCGCACUCUAGGAGCAAUGCGCAUGCGUGGAGCGUUCGACUGAGCAGAUAACCACAUCCUCCUCUGGUGAGCUUGAAGAAGGUGUUCAGAUGAUGAAACACGGACUCGAUUGGUUCAUUACCAACUUAAUCCAGAGGCAGAGUUAUCUUGGAAGGACCUGCAGACGUUUUUGCAGGCUGAAGCCAAAUGUAGCAGCACGCAGACAGACUGCCAGGCUUUGGUCAUCGUACCUCUCCAGAAAUGUCCCAAAUUCUAUUUAUAGGCAACAGUCAGAGAGGCACUGUCAUUAUUUUAGUAAACUACUUCAGCUGGAAGCUGUAAAGAGAUACAUUGAGGACUUAAAAGAAGAAUACAAAGGAAUUAGCAGCAGAUUAAAUAGCAUCCAUGAAGAUGGAAAGUCAUUAAGUAGACGUCACAUUGAGUUGGCUCCACUUGCUCCGCUGUUGGAAGAGCUGCAGUCAUCAGAAAAAGACUUGUUCGAGUUGGAAUCAAUGUACAACAGUCUGAAGGCCAGAGAUGACUGGGAGCUGGUACCUUUGGUUGUUGAAGAACGCGAGCAGCUCAGCAAAAGCAUUGCAGUUUUACAGGGAAAACUCCUUCAAACUUUGGUGCAAAAGGAGGAACAUGAUGAUAGCAAUGUGAUUCUUGAGGUGACAGCCGGAAGAACAACAGGAGGUGACAUUUGCCAGCAGUUUACGAGGGAGGUUUUUGAUAUGUACGAGCGUUACGCAGACUUCAAAGACUGGAACUUUGAAGUGCUGAACUAUACACCUGCUGAUUAUGGAGGAUUACAUCAUGCAUCAGCAUGUAUUUCAGGGGAGAGUGUUUAUCGCUUUUUAAAAUAUGAAGGUGGAACCCACAGAGUUCAGAGGAUUCCCGAAGUGGGCCUGUCAUCGCGAAUGCAGCGCAUCCAUACUGGCACCAUGACAGUCAUCGUCCUACCCCAAAUUGAUGAGGUAGAUAUUAAAGUAGACCUCAGUGAUUUGAGGAUUGAUACCUUUCGAGCCAAAGGAGCAGGGGGACAGCACGUAAAUACAACAGACAGCGCAGUGAGAAUUGUUCAUAUUCCAACAAGUUUAACAAUAGAAUGUCAACAGCACCGAUCACAGUUAGAGAACAGAAAGCUGGCCAUGAGCAUAUUGAAAGCAAAGCUAUACAGGAAGGUUGCAGAGAAGGAGCUGGAGCAGAAGCAGAGUACCCGGAAACUGCAGGUUGGAACAAGAGCACAGUCAGAGAGAAUUCGUACCUAUAACUUCACCCAAGACAGGGUUACAGAUCAUCGGAUUAACUACAUUGUGAGGGAUAUUAAGGAGCUCCUGUGUGGUGGAAAACAGCUGGAUGAACUGAUCAAUAAGCUUCUGGAGUCAGCAGAAAAGGAAGCUCUCCUGGAACUUAUAGAAAUGAGUAAAAAAGGAACAACAGAGAGGAGUUAAAGCUAAAAUAGUCAAAGCGUGAACUGUUCAAAACAAAUAAAAUGCAAAACUGAUUACAA